AUGUUAUUCAAUGCCCUCCUUCUCAACGCCCUCGCCAGCGUGGUAGUGGCUUCUCCGGCUUCAAUCCACAGACGACAGGAUCUCGAGACAUUCAUCGAGAAUGAACGAUCUGUUGCCCAGCAAGGCAUCCUCAACAACAUCGGCCCCGAUGGCAAGCUUGUCAAGGGUGCUGCAGCAGGAAUUGUCGUGGCAUCUCCUUCCAAGGUCGAUCCGAACUACUUCUAUACGUGGACCCGUGAUGCUGCCCUGACCAUGCUGGACCUGAUCCACGACUUCAUCAACGGCGAUUCCCCCCUAGAGCCUCUCAUCCAGCAGUACAUCACCGCGCAGGCCAAACUGCAGCCUGUGGCCAAUCCCGCCGGCAACCUCACGACCGGCGCUAGUCUGGGGGAGGCCAAAUUCGAGGUCAAUGGCACUGCCUUUACCGGUCCUUGGGGUCGUCCUCAGCGCGAUACUGGCUUCGAUCUGUGGGAAGAAGUCAAUGCAACCUCCUUCUUCACCACUGCUGCCCAGCACAAAUCGCUCGUCCAGGGAGAUGCCUUUGCCACUGCGCUGGGCGAGUCCUGCGACAGUUGCACCGUUGCUCCUGAGAUCCUCUGCCAUCUCCAGGACUACUGGAAUGGCACCGCCAUCGUGUCCAACACUCCCACCGGCGGUCGCAGUGGCCUCGACAUCAACUCUGUCCUGACCUCUCUGCAGAUCUUUGAUCCAGCUGCUGCAUGUGACGAUGUGACCUUCCAGCCUUGCUCAUCGCGUGCUCUGUCCAACCACAAGGUGCUCGUUGACUCGUUCCGGUCCAUCUACGGCGUCAACAACGGCACUUCAUCCGGUGCUGUCGCUGUUGGUCGCUACCCUGAGGAUGUCUACAAGGGAGGAAACCCGUGGUAUCUCUCCAUCCUCGCAUCUGCGGAACAGCUCUACGACGCUCUCUACCAGUGGACGCAACAGGGCAGCCUAAACGUGACAUCGACUUCCCUCCCCUUCUUCAAGGAUCUCGUCUCCAACGUGACAGUUGGCGUGUAUCCUGCUUCCUCGCCGGCAUACAUCACCCUCACCAAGGCUGUCAAGAAAUACGCCGAUGGUUUCAUCGCAGUCGUCCAGAAGUACACCCCGACCGAUGGUUCUCUCGCUGAGGAAUUCGACCGUAACACUGGUGCCCCUGCGUCGGCUGUCCACCUCACCUGGUCUUAUGCUUCGUUUGUUACUGCUGCGUCUAGAAGAGAUGGAAGCGUUCCUCCUUCUUGGGGAGCUUCUGCUGCGAAGAGCAUUCCCGGUCAGUGCAGUGCUGAGACUGUGACUGGUACUUAUCCUACUCCAUCCACGCCUUGGUGGUAG